AUGUGUGGCAUCAUUGGACUGGUGCAGGCCGAAGGCGUGGAAGUGGACGGAGCUCUUUCUGUUCUUGCCGCUGACGCACUCACUGCGCUUCAGCACAGAGGAACAGAGUCAGCCGGACUUGUCGGAUCCGACGGCACUGAUCGACAGCAUUUAGAUAUCGUCAAAGGCCAGGGGCUUGCAAGGGAUGUGUUUGUGGAGGAGAAACUAUGCAAGAUGUCCGGGUCAAGGAUCAUCAUCGGCCAUAAUCGUUAUUCUACGGCCGGCAAAAAGAGAUAUGCGAUUAACUGCGUGCAGCCGUUUGUCGUCUACACUGCCAUAGGAAUCGUGGCGAUAGCACAUAAUGGAGAGCUCGUGGAUGUGAAGAAGAAGAGGAAAGAGGUGCUUCACGAAGGCGUUGGCCUAUCCACGGACACAGAUUCGGAGUUGAUUGCACAAAUGGUGGCGAAGGCAAUAGCUCUCAACUACAAGUGUCGUUCUGACCUCGACUGGGGUGAUAUUUCCAAGGAGCUUGCGGUGACGAUGUCGUCGCUGAAUAUGUCUUACUCGUUGGUGGUGAUGACUUAUGAUCGUUUGUAUGCCAUACGCGACCCCUAUGGCAACCGUCCACUAUGUGUCGGUACAAUUUACGAUAACGAA